AUGGACUCACAAUAUGUUAAAUUAAAACACCAAGCUGCUGGACAUGCUGGAACUCUCUCAGAUAAAGAUGGUAUAUUAGUAUUUAAACCAACAGUAAAACAAGAAAUCGAUUUUUUAAAAGAGAGUCAAGAUAGAUAUUAUAAAGAUACAAUCACUGAAUCAACAGAUCAAGACAGCACAGAAGUACUACUAGGGGCAUGGAUGCCAAGAUAUUUGGGAAUUAUUGAAGAAGGUGAUAAAAAAUCUUCAAUUGAUGGAUCCAUUUCAAGCGUAUAUUCAAUACAGAGAACUAAGAAUGAACAACCGAUUGUUGAUAGUCUGGUUGAUUUUGAUACAGAUGAAGGCAACAGUUCUGCAAAUGACAAUGUCACAAUGAAGGAUAACAAUGAAAAACCUUUUAUUGUCUUGGAAAAUUUAUUACAUGGCUAUUCCAAACCAAACAUAAUGGAUAUAAAAUUGGGGAAAAUACUAUAUGAUGAAAAUGCAUCCCCAGAAAAAAAAAUUAGAUUACAAGAAGUAAGUGAUUCCACAACAUCAGGAUCAAUGGGGUUUAGAAUAUGUGGUAUGAAAUUACAAAAGAACCAUCUUAUAUCUACCGUAAGUAAAGAUCAUUUUGAAUUAGAUAUAAUAGAACAUGAUGGGGAAAAUAUAGAGUAUGUAUUUCUCAAUAAACUAUAUGGCAGGACAAGAACUCCAGAAAAUAUACAGGAAGCUUUUGAACUUUAUUUUACUAAUAAUGAUUUAACAGAAAAGAGAAAGAAACAAUUGAUCACUAUGUUUUGGCAACGAUUACAACUAUUUUAUAACACUCUUUUAGACGAAGAAAUUCGUCUAAUAUCUAGUAGUUUGUUAUUCGUAUAUGAGGGGGAUCCAGAGCAUUGGGAUUAUAAUCAGGAUGAAGAUUUGUUACUUAAGCCUGACUUCAUUGAUAAAGAGGUUGAUAGCGAUGAUGACGAUAAUGGCACUGUAGAAAAAGAAAGGAAAUAUUCUGAUGUUUUAAGUUCGAUGUCACUGAUAGAUUUCGCCCAUUCCAAGUUUGUUCCUGGUGAAGGAUACGAUGUAAAUAUAAUAGAAGGGGUGGAAGCAUUGUUAAAAAUAUUUGAAGAAAUGCUUCGGCAGCACUAA